CCUGCAGGAGCACACGUGCGUGGCGCACAAGGACCACCUGUACGUGUUCGGCGGCGAGCUGGGCUUCUCGGCGUGCGGGGAGACGCCCCUGUGGGCCUACAGCGUCAAGAGUAACUCCUGGCGGAAGGCGGACGGGCAGAGGGGCGCCGCGGCGCCCAGGGGCCGGCGUGGACACAGCGCCCUGGUGUACCGCGGCAGCAUGCUCGUGUACGGCGGCUACCGCGACCUCCGGGGCUCCUCCAACGAGCUGUGGGCCUUCCAUUUCGAAACCGAGUCGUGGCACAUCAUCAGCUCGGGCAAGACGAUCAGCAAGUCGGACAACAUCCCCCCGGCGCGCCACAAGCACUCGGCCGUCAUCCACGACGACACCAUGUGGGUCUACGGCGGCAUGACGGACCUCAACGAGCGGCAGGACCUGUGGCGGAUAGACCUGCACCGGAAGCGCUGGUACUGCGUGCGCUCCAAGCAGGGCAAGUCGGGCCCCGGUCCGCUGCACUCGCACGCGGCCUGCAAGCUGCCGGGGUGCAUGCUGGUGUUCGGCGGCGAGCGCGCCGGCCAGCCCAGCGCCGACCUGUGGCGCUUCCACUUCGGCACGGAGACCUGGGACCGCGUGGCCGUGGACGGCCCCAAGCCGUCGGCGCGCGCCGAGGCCGUCGCCCUGGCCGUGUCCGAGCUGCUGCUCGAGGCCGCCACGGAGGACUCCUUGGCCACGCGGAACGGGCUCGUCAACGGGCACCACAACUCCAACAACCAGGCCAGCACCCCUAACGGCUUCGGCUCCAGCAACCUGGGCUUCCUCAAGGAGAUCUCCAAGCUGUCGCAAAUCAACCUGAGCCGCCUGGCCCACCACAAGUGCAACUACUCGGUGCUGGACGCGGAGGAGGGCGAGCGCACGGGCGGCCCCGUGGGGCCCGGCACCCCCGUCACGCCGGGCGUCGGCAUCCCGGGCAGCGCGAGCCGCGACUUCAGCCUGCUGCACCAGCAGUUCACGCCCAAGCGCCGCUCCGAGUCCUACACCUCGCACCUGGGCCACGCCGCCGAGCUGCAGCAGCGGCAGCUGCAGGAGGAGCAGGACCUGCUGCGGCAGCAGCAGCUGGAGAUGCAGCAGCAGCAGCAGAGGGCGCAGCGCACCAUUCCCAAGUCGGCGUCCGUCCGGUUCCAGCCGCACCUCGAGGAGGUGUCCGACGAGAACAUCUCGAGCACGUCCGACUACGCGAGCAUCGAGACGGUGAACCGCCUGUCGUCGGCCAGCACCUGCAGCAACAGGCCGUCCCCGGUGGACUCUGGAGGGAAGUCCGCGUCGCGGCCGGGCUCGGGCCGCAAGACCCCCCUGGCCGCCAGGGAGGGCCCCAUCAGCUUCUGCAACCCCAACUACAUGGGCCCCGAGGCGCGGCGGCAGCAGCAGCAGCAGGCCAGGAAGUCGUGGCACGCCGGCAUGCUGGGCCUGUCGCCGACCUCGUCGCCGUCGUCCUCGCCGUCCGCCGCCACUCCGCAGCAGGCCGCCGCGCGCCUCCUCAACUCGCCGCCCGACUCGCUGCUCGAGGACCCCUGCGGCAGGUCCACCAGCCAGUGCUUCCAGGACGAAGAGGUAGAGAUGCAGCAGAUCGGUUCUCCGCCCAAGCGCGCGCCGCCGCAGUCCCUGGCGCUGCGGAACACGGCGCACCCCGCUUGCAACCACCACCACCAGCACCACCAGCACCACAACCACUCGAUGCGCGGGCCGAGCAAGUCGCGGGCCAGCAGCGCCUCGCGGGCGGAGCGCGGCAUGGCGCGGACGGAGCUGGACGCGGAGGACGCCGUGGACGCGCCGGCCGCCCGGCACCAGCCCGCCGCCGUCUACAUGUUCCUGGUGGGCGGCAAGGAGCACGGCCAGGUGACCGUCUUCAGGAGGCCGCUGUCCGUCUGGAAGCUCCUCCUGCACCACUACGCCUUCUGAGACAGCUGCGCCAGCCCACCCCACCGCCGCCGUCAGAGUACAAACGGAGCAAACGGGGACCCUGCGAGUGGCGGCAUGCGCUUGGACUGCUGGCUCCCAGGGACCCCGGGUGCCUCGAUUGCUUGCAUUGCGGGUGCAUCUUUUUGCGCAAAAGAGUCUAGCUUUGCGCCUACUCCUGAUUCGCAUUCAUGUUGCAGUGAGAGUAGUGCCAAUUUUUGUAUUCUUCCAUGAAAGAACAAUAACUUUCAAUAGGAUUAGGUGUGUUGUUAUCUUUGAGUAGGUGAAUUUAUCACAAAAAGUCCAUAGGGAAAAAAAUGUAUUACCGUGCCAAAGUAAUUUUGACCCACUCCAGACUAAAUUGACAGAGCGGCAAGUAAAUUUAUGAUCUUUGCUGAAUUAGUGGUGUGGUUUUAGUAUAUCGAAAACACUAAAUCACAUAUAGAAUUUAAAAGAAAUUUUUAACAAAUCACUUUUUAAAGAGUCCUUGAAAGAGAUCAAUUUGUAAUAGAUCAUCAUUUUAUCCAAGGGAGCAAGUUAGAUGCAUUUUUGUGAGGUAUUUUUUAUAACUGGAGAAACAGAGAAAGGAUUUUUUUGACCGUCCAAAAGAGCACAAAGUUGGCCUGAUGUAGAGGAAGUAGUCAUCUGAAUUGGUAACCAUGCGACCGUCCAAAGUAUUGUUUUGUGACCAACCCAGAUAUCAUGAAAAAAAAAAAGGAAAAUCCGAUGAAAUAAAACUCAUUUCUUUUUUUCCUGCUUCAAAAGUACAACUUCUCUUUAAUGUUUGUAGUUGCAACUCUUAAUGUAACCCAUGUGUUGUUGAUUUUCUCAAUUUUUAUAUUUUAACUCUUUUCAAAGAUCUCCUUGUUAAGUUUAAGUUUCCUUUAGUUCAAUUCAUACUUUUCAUUUUAAGUCAGAGAUUUAGAGUCAUAGUAAGAAGAGGAAGAGUCACUCCCAGCUUGUUCGAUUUUCAAGCAAUUUGAGUAGUGUUUGAGUUACUGUCUAUGAAAUCUCAUUUUUUUCUAUUGCUGCAAAUUUUGUAUCGAUGCAGCUAAAAUGACUGGACUGAUAUAUAGAGCAGCAGUGAGUCUGAAGGUAGAAGAACCUAAAGAAUAUACAUUUCAAUUCAGUUUUCAUCCAAGAUGUUUUUCUAAAUUUCAUAUAAUUUUGUGAGUAAAAGUACAAUGUUGGAUCUGAAUUUUCUUUUAUAAAUUGAAAGAGGGGUAACUAGACAGUUUAUAAACAACAACUCCUUAAGUGAAUUUUGAACUUUCUGAUUUAAUAUUCAUUCCAGUAUUUGUACCAAGUAGUUGACUUAGAAUCCAAAUAAAGCAGCUCCAAAAUCAAA